AUGGCAGUAGCCAAGCAACUAUUGGGCAGCAUGAUUAUCCGUGGCCUGACUCCUGAUGUUUAUACAUACAGAACUGUGAUUGAUGGAUAUUGUAAAUUAGGUAACACAAACGAUGCGCUUCAAGUUUUUGAUUGGAUGAUAAAGAUGGAUGAGAAGCCUAACUUGACAAUAUACAAUUCUGUCAUUAAUGGUCUGUGCAAAAUGGCCUCAAUAGAUGCUGCAAAAUACAUAGUUGAUGAAUUACGAAAGAGAAGAUUAUUUGAUGCGACGACCUUUAAUACCUUAAUUAGUGGAUAUUGCACGGGCGGACAGAUUGAUAAAGUGUUUAAUUUGACUAUGGAAAUGAAGAGCUUGGGAAUUUCUGCGAAUAGAGUCACGUAUAAUACACUGAUAAACCUUCUCUGCAAGUGUGAUUGCGAGGAAGAAGCAAAAGAAUUGAUGAAGAUGAUGAUUGUCCAGGGUAUUUGUCCUGAUUUUGUAACAUACACUACACUUGUUACUCACUUUAUCAAGACAUGUAGUCCUGAUGAGGUGAUUGCAUUGCAUGACUACAUGAUUCUAAAGGGAGUAGUCCCUCACCAGAAAACAUAUGAUACCAUUGUAGCACCACUUCUUUUAGAAGAAGGAAGAAAGAAAAGAUCAUAA